UAUAAAGAAUUCAAGCUCGAGUCCAGUGUGUUUCGUGAAGAUUCGGUGAGAGAGAGCGAACGAAGAAGAAGAAGAAGAAGCUUUGAGCAGCAGAUAAAAGAAUGGGAGUCGAUUACUUUAAAGUUCUUCAGGUAGAUCGGAGUGCGAAUGAUGACGAGCUGAAGAAAGCUUAUCGCAAACUCGCCAUGAAGUGGCAUCCCGAUAAGAACCCUAACAACAAAAAAGAAGCCGAAGCAAAAUUCAAACAGAUCUCCGAAGCUUACGAUGUUUUGAGCGAUCCUCAAAAACGAGCAGUCUACGAGCAAUACGGAGAAGAAGGAUUAAAGAACCAGGCCCCACCUCCCGGCGCCGGCGGAUAUCCGGGAGGAUCAGCCGCCGGAGCAUCUUUCCAGUUCAAUCCCAGAAGCGCCGAUGAUAUCUUCUCCGAGUUCUUCGGUUUCACAAGGCCCUUUGCUAUGGGGAGCGACUCACGCCCAGGACCUUCUGGGUUUAGUUACGGCGAUGAGAUCCUAGCUUCCUUGAGGGCUGCUGCCGGAGGAGGAGGAGGAGGCGAAACCUCGAUUCCUGCAAGGAAAGCUGCUCCAAUUGAGAGACAAUUGCCAUGUAGUUUGGAGGAUAUGUAUAAAGGAACCACCAAGAAGAUGAAGAUCUCUCGUGAUGUUCUUGACUCGAGCGGGAGGCCAACAGAGGUUGAGGAGAUCUUGACGAUAGACAUAAAACCUGGUUGGAAAAAAGGAACGAAGAUAACAUUCCUGGACAAAGGUAACGAGCAGCGAGGAAUCAUACCAUCCGAUCUCGUUUUCAUCGUAGACGAGAAACCGCAUUCCGUUUUCAAGCGAGACGGGAAUGAUCUUGUGGUAACUCAAAAGAUCUCUCUCGUGGAAGCUCUCACGGGGUGCACCGCGCAGGUCACCACUCUUGACGGAAGAACCCUGACGGUUCCGGUCAACAAUGUGGUCAGUCCGUCUUACGAAGAGGUCGUGAAAGGAGAAGGCAUGCCGAUUUCUAAGGAUUCGUCAAGAAAAGGGAAUCUCAGAAUCAGAUUCAUCAUCAUCUUCCCCUCCAAGCUCACGACUGAGCAGAAAUUAGGGCUCAAGCGGAUGUUUUCUUCUUGAAAGCUUCUCGCCUCGGUUUUAUUUUAGAUUUAAUUGAUUAUUAUUCAUGGCAGCGUUGUUUGUUUUUUAGAAAGAAGAAAACAAAAAACGUUCUUCAGUUGUUAUUCCAGAAAAUUUCAAUCUUUGCAUUUUUUCUCACCUUCAUUUUUUGACUUUCUCCCGU